GGGCGGAGUGGUACCCUUGCGCCUUCUGGUUGAGCGUCUCCCCCAUUGCAGAUUCUCCAUCUUCCGCCGACUGGCCAAAGGGACCAGCCUUCGUCCUGCACCUUCUGAAAGAUUUCACCUAUUUUCUAACUCAUCUCGACGCCAAGAACCACAAUCAUGACGGACUCCAAGUAUUUCACGACAAACAAAAAAGGGGAGAUUUUUGAGCUGAAGGCCGAGCUGAACAACGAAAAGAAGGAGAAGCGAAAGGAGGCUGUCAAGAAGGUCAUCGCCGCCAUGACUGUGGGCAAGGAUGUCAGCUCUUUGUUCCCGGAUGUGGUCAACUGCAUGCAGACGGACAACCUGGAGCUGAAGAAGUUGGUGUACCUCUACUUGAUGAACUACGCCAAGAGCCAGCCCGACAUGGCCAUCAUGGCUGUCAACAGCUUCGUCAAGGACUGCGAGGACCCCAAUCCCCUCAUCCGGGCCCUGGCAGUCCGCACCAUGGGCUGCAUCCGAGUGGACAAGAUUACCGAGUACCUUUGCGAGCCGCUGAGGAAGUGCCUGAAGGACGAGGACCCGUACGUGAGGAAAACGGCGGCGGUGUGCGUGGCCAAGCUUCACGACAUCAACGCCCAGAUGGUGGAGGAUCAGGGCUUCUUGGACUCGCUGAGGGAUCUCAUCGCCGACUCUAAUCCCAUGGUUGUCGCCAACGCGGUGGCCGCACUGUCUGAGAUCAGCGAGUCUCACCCCAACAGCAACCUGCUGGACCUCAACCCCCAGAACAUCAACAAGCUGCUGACGGCCCUCAACGAGUGCACCGAGUGGGGCCAGAUCUUCAUCCUGGACUGCCUGUCUAACUACAACCCCAAGGACGAGCGAGAGGCGCAGAGUAUUUGCGAGCGCGUCACUCCACGGCUGUCCCACGCCAACUCCGCGGUGGUCCUGUCUGCCGUCAAGGUACUGAUGAAGUUCCUGGAGCUGCUGCCAAAAGACUCGGACUACUACAACACGCUGCUGAAGAAGCUUUCGCCGCCCCUCGUCACCUUGCUGUCCGGCGAGCCCGAGGUCCAGUACGUGGCUCUGAGGAACAUCAACCUCAUCGUCCAGAAAAGGCCCGAGAUCCUCAAGCAGGAAAUCAAAGUCUUCUUUGUCAAAUACAACGACCCCAUUUACGUGAAGCUGGAGAAACUGGAUAUUAUGAUCCGUUUGGCCUCUCAGGCCAACAUUGCCCAGGUGCUGGCCGAGUUGAAGGAGUACGCCACCGAGGUGGAUGUCGACUUUGUGCGCAAGGCCGUGCGCGCCAUUGGCCGCUGUGCCAUCAAAGUGGAGCAAUCGGCAGAGCGCUGCGUGAGCACCCUGCUGGACCUCAUCCAGACCAAAGUCAACUAUGUGGUGCAGGAGGCCAUCGUGGUCAUAAGGGACAUUUUCCGCAAGUACCCCAACAAGUACGAGAGCAUCAUCGCCACCCUGUGCGAGAAUCUGGACUCUCUGGACGAGCCGGACGCCCGCGCCGCCAUGAUCUGGAUCGUGGGCGAGUACGCCGAGAGGAUCGACAACGCCGACGAGCUGCUGGAAAGCUUCCUGGAGGGCUUCCACGACGAGAGCACCCAGGUGCAGCUCACCCUGCUGACCGCCAUCGUCAAGCUCUUCCUGAAAAAGCCGUCCGAGACUCAAGAGUUGGUGCAGCAGGUCCUCAGCCUGGCCACUCAGGACUCCGACAACCCGGACCUACGUGACAGAGGCUACAUCUACUGGCGCCUGCUGUCCACGGACCCGGUGACGGCCAAGGAGGUGGUGCUGUCAGAGAAGCCCCUCAUCUCCGAGGAGACUGAUCUGAUCGAGCCCACGCUGCUGGACGAGCUCAUCUGCCACAUCGGCUCUCUGGCGUCCGUCUAUCACAAACCGCCCAGCGCCUUUGUGGAGGGCAGCCACGGGAUCCACCGCAAACACCUUCCGGUCCAGCACAGCAGCAUUGACGCGGGCGAGAGUCCGCUGAGCGGCGGGACCGCGGCGGCGGCGGCAGCCACUGUGGAUCAACCGCACGUCAUCCCGAGCCAGGGCGACCUGCUGGGUGACCUGCUCAACCUGGACCUGGGCCCUCCGGUCAACGUGCCCCAGGUUUCCUCCAUGCAGAUGGGUGCCGUGGACCUCCUGGGUGGCGGACUCGACAGCUUGCUGGGAGGAGACCUGGGCGGCGGUGUUGGGGGAAGUCCAGCUGUGGGUCAGAACUUCAUCCCGUCGUCCGUCCCGAGCACUUUUGCGCCGUCGCCCACUCCCGCGCCUCCGGCCGUCACCGGCAGCGGCCUCAACGACUUGUUUGAGCUCUCCACGGGCUUGGCCAUCGCAUCCGGAGGCCACGUGGCCCCGAAAGCCGUGUGGCUGCCUGCGGUUAAAGCCAAGGGACUGGAGAUUUCCGGAACCUUCUCUCGCCGCCAGGGCCACAUGUACAUGGACAUGACCUUCACCAACAAGGCCCUGCAGCACAUGACCGACUUUGCCGUCCAGUUUAACAAAAACAGCUUCGGGAUGAUCCCCACCAGCCCGCUGCCCAUUCACACUCCGCUGAUGCCCAGCCAGGGCAUGGACGUGUCUUUGCCCAUCAACACCAUCGGGCCGGUGAUGAAGAUGGACCCGCUGAACAAUCUCCAGGUGGCUGUGAAGAACAACAUUGAUGUCUUCUACUACAGCGUCCUCAUCCCUCUCAACAUAUUCUUUGUGGAAGAUGGAAAAAUGGAGCGCCAGGUGUUCCUUGCCACCUGGAAGGAUAUCCCCAAUGAAAAUGAGCUGCAGUACCAGAUAAAGGAGUGCCACCUGAACGCGGACACGGUGUCGGGCAAGCUGCAGAACAACAACAUCUACACCAUCGCCAAGCGUAACGUGGAAGGUCAGGACAUGCUCUACCAGUCCCUCAAACUCACCAACGGAAUCUGGAUACUGGCCGAACUGCGCAUCCAGCCAGGCAACCCCAACUACACGCUGUCCCUCAAGUGUCGGGCCCCCGAGGUGUCUCAGUACGUGUACCAGACGUACGACGCCGUGCUGAAGAACUGAGCGGCCGGCCAGCUUCGCCCUCGCCUUCCUGCUCAAAAUGGUGGCCAGUCAUCCAUUUCCUCCCGCUAGAUUAAAAAGGGUAAAUGUCAUUGUGAUCACGGCUCUGACGCACACGCACACAACAUAACAGUUUGUUCCUCUGUU